CUCGAUCGCUCUGCCUCCCGCCACCAUCGCCUGCGCAUCCCUCGUCUGUGUGAAAUAAUUCGUCUCCUUGAUUGCUUUCCUUUCCCUGCUUACAUUUCGGGCGUUUGGGAACUGCCUCUGGGCCAUUGACGGCCAUUGCGCCUCUGAUCCGGUAAUAUAUCACUCGACCUUUGCAAACCUUCAACAUGACAAUCUGGGACACACUCACCGGUCGCAAAUCCACCUCCCCUCCCACCACCACCCCCGAACCCCACGACAACUUCGUGCCUACGCCCUUCGACCCCACAACCGCCGUACAGAACCCCUCAGAAUUCAUAUUAGAUCCUUCUCAACUGCACCCUCUCGCAGGCCUUAACCAAGACACCCUCGACUACCUCACCCUCGAAGAUUCGGUACUCUCGGAUCUCCCAGGCGCACGCUCUGCUCUCCCCUCUCGUGGCUGGUCAGACGACUUGUGCUAUGGAACCGGCGUUAGCUAUCUGAGCGCUCUCUCAGUAGGGGGGGCUUGGGGGCUUGCGGAAGGGAUGUCAAAGACAUCUCCGACGAUGGGGCCGAGGCUACGGCUGAACGGCGUGCUGAACGCAGUCACGCGGAGAGGACCGUUUUUGGGGAAUUCAGCCGGUGUGGUUGCUAUGGUGUAUAAUGGGGUUAAUAGCACGAUUGGGUAUUAUCGGGGGAAGCAUGACGCAACGAAUAGCGUUCUGGCAGGGGCCAUCAGCGGUGCGAUAUUUAAGAGUACGAGGGGCGUGCGGCCGAUGAUGAUCAGUGGAGGUAUUGUUGCGAGUGUGGCUGGGACGUGGGCGAUUUUCCGACAAGUAUAUUUCGAGAGCGACUAAGCCCCACCCCCACAUCAUAUCUUCAGUACCCCAGGCAGCCAGGCGGGAAUUUUCACUUCUCUUGACUCCCAUUUUCUGCAUGAUUGCUUUUGGCUUCACACACGUCUCUCACCUCUCUUCACGGCGUUUUUAGUGUAAAAUAGAUGGCUUCAGAUGGAUGUGGACGUACCGAGCAUGGAUCCAGGCGACAUUGACAUGGAGAUCCUGCAGUCUAGAUCGGCGGAUAGUGUCUUCCCGGAUCGGCAUAUGUAUGUGUGAGUGUGUACGAACAUCAGACGUUAGAUAAUUCAAACAUGACUAAAUCCAACACUUCUUG